CGCUUUGUGACCUACAGUCUUACCUGGUUUUGGGCAGUUAAACGGAAAAGGGUGCGUGAAGACAACACGAAUUUUUUAAAGUUUUAAAAGUCCAGCGAUUGCGUUUUACAGUAGUUGCCAUGGACCUUCGUGCUGUGCACCGCAAUGCAGAGAACCCAGCAGGAGUUGCUGGCAAGGCUGGGCCUGUUACUGCUGGUGUGAGGAGGGCUGUCCUGGGUGAACUGUCCAACUUUGCAACCAAACCUGCAAAGACAACGAAGGCCAUUAAGGCAGCAGCUCAGCCAGCUGCUGUGCAGCCUAAACGCGUUCCAGUUGUACCAGAGGUCCUCCCUCCUGCACCAGUCGUUCCACCAGUUCAGGCUGAUGUCUCCAUGAAGGAGGAAGAUGACCUGUGCCAGGCCUUUUCUGAAGUGCUCUGUCCCAUUGAGGACAUUGAUCAAGGCGAUGCGGACAUCCCACAGUUGUGCUCUGAAUAUGUAAAGGACAUCUACGUUUACCUCCGUAGCCUUGAAGUCCAGCAGUCAAUCAGGCCAAGAUACAUGGACGGUUAUGAGAUCAACGAGCGUAUGCGUGCUCUUCUGAUUGACUGGCUCAUUCAGGUGCACUCGAGGUUCCAGCUGCUUCAGGAAACUCUGUACAUGACUAUCGCUAUUCUUGAUCGCUUUCUUCAGGUCCAGCCAGUGUCUCGAAGGAAACUGCAGUUGGUAGGAGUCACUGCGAUGUUGCUUGCUUCCAAGUAUGAAGAAAUGUACGUCCCAGCAGUUGGAGAUUUCGCCUACAUCACGGACAACGCCUUCACAAAACCCCAGAUUCGUGAAAUGGAGAUGCUAAUUCUGAGAGAGCUGAACUUUGAACUUGGACGUCCUUUGCCACUUCACUUCCUCAGGAGGGCUUCAAAAGCUGGAAAUGCUGAUGCAGAAAAGCACACCCUUGCUAAAUAUUUCCUUGAGCUGACCCUGUUGGACUACGAUAUGGUUCACUACCAUCCAUCAGAAACUGGUGCAGCUGCCCUGUGCCUCGCUCAGCUUGUACUCGAUGGACAGAAAUGGUCUGCAACACAGGAAUACUACACCACCUACAGUGAGGCGCAUCUGAAGCCCAUAAUGAAGCACAUUGCCAAAAAUGUGGUCAAGAUUAAUGAGGGGCUCACUAAAUACGUGGCUGUAAAGAAAAAGUACUCAAGCAGCAGGCUAAUGAAGGUCAGCCUGUUUCCUCAGCUGAAGUCCUCGCUGCUGAAGGACCUCGCUGCGUCCCUGCUCACCUCUUGAGUGUCCUUACAAAAAGUCUAUCCUAGCAAUCUGCACUUUAUUCCUGAUCAGCCAUUGGAAAUGGACUGCUGCUUUAAGGAUUCUUAUGUACAUAUUUACAAACUAGCUUUUUUUUUUUACCUUUUUAAUGAACAUGUACCACUUGUAAUUCAAUCAUAAUUUUAAGUAGUUUUACUGCUUUUUGCCUUUUUUUCUUUUAGAUGUUUUUUGAGAUGUGAUGUAUAUGCAUUGAUGGAACAUUUUCAAUAAAAGUCCAAAGAUGUUCUAAA